AUUAUUGCCACUACUGUUUAUGAUACUAUAUCUAAUUUUACAUUAGUUAUUUUAUCAGAAAAUAUCUGUUAUAUUUUUCCAAUGUCAGUUAUACUGACUAAAAUGAUAUUUGCUUUUUUUAAUGAAAAUAAAAUACGAAAAAUUGUUGAAGAAAUUUACAAGCCAAUUAUGAUUUUAAAGCAAUCAUCAGAUGUUGGUGUAUUGACAAUAAUCCAAACAGCAAUGUCAUACCAAUUUUUCGACAGUGCAAUUUAUAUAUUCUUAUGCAUAAGCAUAAGCGGGACGACCUUUUUGUUAGUGGACAUAGAGCGCUACGAAUUGCCAAUUCGUGGAGUGUUUCUAAUUAAUGCAACAGUUUCGCCAAAUUACCAGGUGAUCUUUGCAAUUGAAACCUACGCGAUAAUAAUAAAUUGCUGGUGGCUCUACAGCUUAGACACAGUCCUGUUAGGUCUUGUAAGGUGGAUAACAAUCGACCUGAAGAUACUCCAGCUGAAUUACCGGCAGUGUCAAUUUUUCUACGAGCCACGCGGUACCUUAAUGGUCACCCAAGAAGGAUUCAACGCUGUUAAAAACUACAGCUUCAUUGAAAAGCUGAAAAACGAGGACGAGAUCUACAACUUCGUUCCCUUUGAUGAGAAACAGACCAAUGUUACCAAUGAUUCAUUUCUUUUAAGAUUUUGCGAUUGCGUUAAAAAUCAUCGUCGGCUAAUUGAAUCUCUGGAUAAUUUUAAUGAAUUAUUUGGGCUGAUACUUUUUGCUCAAAUUGCCUCUGACUGUCUUUUAACUUGCAUUGGACUCUUCCAAUUUUCCUUGACAAUUAAACGCAAGAGAAAAAAUAACAUCUUCCGUGACAUGGUGAUGCUUGGGUCAGGGCUUAUCCACUUGGGCUACUGGUCUGUUUACGGUAAUCUGCUGAUCAAUGAGCAUGAAAGACUCUCUAAAACUGUCUAUGCUUGCGGGUGGGAGAACCAUAAUGGCCGCAAAAUAAAGCCAGUUGUUGUAUUUGGGCUUUAUCAAACACUUACUCCCAUGGUAAUGAAAGCUGGGUACUUUUUUGUUUUUGGAAUGGAAACUUAUCUGUCGGUGAUCCAAAAAGCUUACUCUUACUUUGCAAUUCUCAAUACCAUGAUGACAAAUUAG